AACAACAACCUUCAAAAUGACAGCAAAAGCAAAAUUAUUGCAUUGCAGUGGCAUUGUGUUGUUGUUGUUGCUGCUGUCGUUGGUGUGUGAAUGUGCACUUGCUACGCCAAUGUUGUAUAAGAAAACAACUCAAGAUAAAUACGAAGCAGAUCUUGUGCCAGUGUCAUCAACCGUCAUUCCGCUAACGGUACUCGAAGUUAGUUAUGGCUUAGGCGGCAAGCCAAGCGAGGAAUAUAAAAUGGCGUAUUUGAAAAAACUGCGCAAGAAAGUACAGCAUCCGGAGAGUGCCGAUCAAGAAGAUCCAGAUACGCUCAUAACAAUCAAGAAGAAACAUCACGAAGCGAGCAAAGCCAAAGUCAAGGGCGUUUCGAGCAAUUGAAAAUUGAAGUCCGCCGUCAUCCAAAAGUUGGUCAAUGAUUGAAUGAUGCCACUCCACUAAAUGAUGUCAUUUUUGUUAACAAAAAAGUUAUUUAAUCGAUACUGUUGUAAAAUUUGUUUAAUUUCUAUCCAAUUUUUAUAAA